UUCACUUUUCGUCAUCACUGUGAUGUUGUUUGCGCUCUCCGCCGGAUAUCCUUCCAAGGAGAAAUUAAAGAUUCGCAUACAUGUGCCCGUGAAGCAUCACACACACGUACACACCAAGACCGUCAUAAAGAAAGUACCGCUGCCAAUACCGGUGCCGGUAAAAGAACAUGAACCCGUCAAAGAGCAUCAUCACCAUCAUUAUGAGAAGGAGGCGGAGGAGGACUUUGAAGGUUAUGAUUAUCCGAAGAAAAAGCGACAAGUGCGGCAUCCUUUCGUUUGAGCAUUAAGUGCGGCUUGUGCAGAAGGAACAAAGAAAAGCAACAAUGCAAAAGGAGACAAGAAGGAUAAGCUUAAAGAAAAGGCUUACGUUGGAGAUAGCGUGGAAGAAAUAUAUACAGCGAAAAAGCAGGGGUCAAAUGUGGUCCACAAAUAAUCAUCGAAUCCCAAAACAAAUAACUUGUACUCAUAUGUUGAAUUUUUUAUACACUGACAUUUGAAAUCUAAAUUGUAAAUUUGUUAGCAUUCGCAUAUGCUGCGAACAGUCUGCCACACAGCACACGUUCAUACACACACACAAUGCACUCAAAUGUUUGCAUUAAUCUGCGGAUAAUGUGCGCAGAUUUAUUUAGUCUUGAUAAGGUUUAAAUUAUAGUUUAGAGUAGACAGUCGAGGCGAAAGCGCACACUAAAUCCAAAGGACGAAGAAAGGAUAACCAAAACUGUGGAUGGACGGGCGAGACACGUCGGGUGAAACCGUGAAAGGGCGAGCGCACGUAGAUUUAUCUUCAUAUCCGUUGGAAUUUCGCCCGGAUACACAUCUAUGUAAUAUAUAAUUCGCACACGAGCUCACACACACACAUAGAAUAGUUAUUAUUCGCUUAGUAUAUAACUUAGCUUGUAGAUUUGUGUUACACCAA